CCUCAAUCCACAUUGACGUCGACAUCGACAGCGACCUUACCGUCUUUGCAUCCUCAUGCUCCUCGCUCCCUCUAUCUGCCAUUCUACUUGUCGUCUUUUUGGUGUUCUCUUGGCCGGCGCGCCGUUCUUUGUUGCUCCUAAUCUGAUCUCUUCUGCAAGUGAGAUUAGACCUCCAGCACCGCCCUCCCUCGUAUCACUCUAAUUCCUACGUCUCGUACUUAUUCGAUACUCAGAGAUUCGACUGUCUUUCUUCGUCCGUCAUGGAGUAAAUCCUCCAAACCUAGUUUCCCAAGCCAUUUCUCGCAGUCGGUUCUUGGACAUUGAGUUCCCUAUCGAGACCAACGUUACGCAAGGGUCAACCCGAGCAUUGCGACAUCAAUACUCGGCUGCCACCGUUAUGAUGCCCUAUGAUCCCGAGCCACAGCACAGAUUGGGCCUCUGAUUGACCAGUCCUAAUAGCAUAAACUCGACCACCAAGCCCGAUCCUUACCUGGGCAAUGGUCUCCAGUAGUCAGAUCAUGGACAAUCAACGUCAACAAUAUAUCCCUGGUCCACCACCUCCUCCAUCUCAAAACCCUCUGAGCCAUCUACCUCCCCCGCCUCCGCGUCCGUACCCUCAAUCCUCUCUCCCCCCACCACCUCCAGGUCCCCACCCUAAUCAUGGUAUGCCACUGGGGACGGUCUACGGACUUCCGGGGGCGGGUUGGCAACAGCCAUGGACACGUUCAGGCAUGGGUCAAAAUAUCCCUCCACCUCCCCCAAUCAGUCAUCAUCAGAGUUAUGGCAUGAGACAGCCUUCCCACCUCAAUAUCCCCCCUCCACCUCCUCAGAACGAUAAACCUAUCCUCUCCGCCACCUUCAUCCCUACCGGUGACUCUUUUGGCCCUGGUGUGGGCAUCCCGCCUCUCGACGACUGGUCAUCCUAUUCGAGAUACGAUGCUCAAUUGACUUCUGAGCCAACAAACUCCCAUUACGAGCCAAAAUACUCCGAUGGGACCAUGUCCCAUAGUUACUCCUACCCGAAUCCUAUCCAACCAAACCCCGACAUCGCAAACAGAGAAACUCGCGCCUCUUCCGCAUCUUCGGGCCGUCCUGCCUUCAGCCUCCCGCUAAGAGAUAUAAGCGAACCACUGUCUCCUGGCCCGCCCACUGCCACCCUCCAAAACCCUCAUGGCGAUCACGGCCGCCAAAGAGCUCUUAGCGCCGCUGUGUCUAGUGGGCCAUCGAGUGAACUGGCUUCACUCUGGAAUCUUGAUCGUGUUAUCUUAUGGCUCAGCAACAACGGCUUCUCCAGCGAUUGGCAAGAGACAUUCAAAAUUCUCAAGCUACAGGGUUCAGACUUCUUAGAGUUGGGCCGGGGUCCUGCUGGACGUGGCAAUUUUAGCAUGAUGCAUCAGACAAUAUACCCACAACUUGCCAAGGUCUGUUCCAACAGUAACACUGGCUGGGAUCAAGCUCGUGAGCGAGAAGAAGGCAAGAGGUUACGCAAGUUGGUUUCUCGCCUCGUUGAACAGGGUGGAGAAGGUCCUGCUAGCGCCGGAACUGGACAUGUUCGACGAGAGUCUGGCCUCCUUCCAAGCGCUUCUACAGAUGGUACACUGGAGAACUCCCCUCAUCUCGCCAGCGCGCCAGGCACUGCAGGUCCUGAUGGAAGUCCGGGCAAACAGAUGCCAGCACCGUUUCCCCCGAGUCUGGGGCCUCGCAAUUCUCAAAACCGAAGCAGCACCAUGCCAGUUUUCAGUAAGCAUAGUAGUGCAUCGUCAACUCCCAACGACAGCAAACCUGCCGAGAGUCUGCAUUCUCACGGGCGGCCAGAACACAGCCGUGGGGUUCUGUCGGGACUUGGUGGUCGCGGGCGCCAUAGUCCCAAUCUCUCUGGUGAUGGUUCAACCGCCCUACUCCCCAAGCCAUUCGAUGCCUCACCAAACGCCAGCCCUGGACUUGGGGUCGCCAUUCCUGUGCAGAGCUCGCACAACUCCCACACAUUCCGCCCAGAGCAUUCCAAGAGCAAUAGUACGGAUUCUAUGAGUAAAAUGACCAGCCAUCCCAGAUCCGUCUCCAAUAAUAUCCCUCUUGCGCAGGAUUCGAGUCGAAGUGUCACCUUUUCAGACAGUCAGGCCGGAAAUCGGUUCUAUGCGGACCGGCGUGAUGCCCAUGAAGGCACUAGACCAUCUCCUCUCGACACCCAUCGUGCGUGGAGCAGUGAACAUGGACCUGGCCCCGGAGGAAAAGAUCAAAGCAAGAGUUUCCUCAGCAAAUUCAUCCGGAAGAAGCACGAUGCUGCUCCCCCAACUGUCGAUGAGCACGGCUCGGAAUCGCCCACCAGUCCAGGAUUUCGCCAGAUUUUCUCAAAACCUUCAGCUAAUGGGAGCGAUUCUGCCUUGGCCCAACGUCCCUCCUCAGCCACAGUCAUUUCCGAAGAUGAAAGAGCCUUCUUCCCUCCCCGUCGCACACAAACCAUCAACAAAAGAUACAUUUUUGUCACACCCGACCAUUGGAAUUACCGUCUCGUUGACGUGACUGACGUCGAAACUGCAAUCGCCUUGCGUAGCCUCAUCUGUAUCGAAUUAGGCAUUCCAGACGCAGAAUACGCUCACAUGUAUGUUACCGAGCCUGGUCAAACGGAGCACGAAACUCCCCUCUCAGACAAUAACCUUGCGGCUAUCAAGUCUCGAGCUGAUAAUUUCGGAGGCUUGAAAUUGUACGUUCAGAGCCCAACCCUGUCCGCCGGGCCAGGCGCUUCAAGUUCAGCCAAUGGACUUGGAGUGUCUCUUGGACCACGUCAAGGCACGGCCAAAACAAACAUCUCCGGCACGUCUGGUCGCGACCAAAUGACAAUGGAUCCUGAAUUGCAAAGACGAGCUGAAGAGUACCGACGCCAAACAGAGGCAAAGUCACAAGCAUAUUUGGAAUCUCGCAGAGCACAGAAAGAACAGUCAAGUACUUACAGCGGCAGUAGCAGCAUUAGAGGUAACGGUGUCAUCGACUUUGAUGCGCCGAGAUUGUCGCCAUUCGAGGACAAAAAGGUAGACAAUCUCGUUCCAAUGCGUAAGCCACCGACUGCUCCGUCUGAAUCGACCACCUUGACAAAGGUCAACUCUUUGAGGGCAAGAGGAUCAGGGACUCGCUCGUCACUAGACGCACUCAAGCGCCAGUCUGAUCCCAUCGCGGAGGAAGAAGAUCGCACCAAGAGGAAGCUUCAUGGUUCUAUGUCACCUGCAGCCGGAGGCAUUGGUGCUGCCCUUGCGAAUGUCGGCAAGAUGGCCGGCGCUCCUGCGACUGUGGGCAGCCACAGUCGUUCGCAAAGCAAAGAUCUUCCGUUACAGGGACCUCAAUACGACCAGAAUGGAAAGAGAAUUUCCAGUGGAUCACAGCGUCCGUCUCAUAUGUGGGCGCAGGGAGGAUCAUACUUCAAUACGCCCAACUACAACGAUGGCUACGAUGCUUUGCCACAGGAUCCUCGCUUGCGUAACCCAACCGUUGACCAUGUGAGACGCUUCGAUGGCUCUCCGAGCAUUAGCCCGGCCAGUGACAAUUCUCCACGACCCGGAAUCCAAAGUCGCAAAUCAUAUGGCCCAGAUCUUGAGUUCAAGGAGACGAAUGUGUCGUUCGCCGCCUCACCAAACCCACAACCAAAGGACGAAGAUUCGGAUGACGAUUCUGACGAUGGCCUUUUUGCCAUUCCGAUUGCAAACAAGUCAUUAAACAAAACUGACACCCAAAUGCUCGGUAACAAAGAUCAACGACCAGCCUUGACGGUCGACACUGAUCAAGAUGUUGCCAAGAAUGUCAGAUUCAAAUCGCCAGGCUCAUCCAGCGGUGUUUCCCUUGUUCAGAACAACGGUGAGGCCAGCGCAGAUAUGAGCGUGGAUGGGUAUGGCCGCAACAUGUCGGAUGGUUCCUUCAGCGGCUCGGCUCAAUCUCCUGAUGAUCGUAUGAACCGCCGUGAUUCUUUUGUUAGUAAUAUUUGGGCGAACCGUCCGGCGGUAGAGAAUGUGGUGGAUCAUCUCGACGAAUUUUUCCCUGGCGUGGACCUUGACAAGCCAUACCUGGAAGUAAAAGGAGACAUCAACUCGCCCAUGAAAGCAGCAGACAAGGACCCCCUGGAGCGAGUGCCCCGUGAUAUGAAAGGAGUCACUUUUGGCACCGACGGGUUGAAUCUCGGAUUUGAACGAAGAAAUGAUUCGGAUACUCUUGGAUCUGACGAGUCGACAUUGAAGGCAAACGACCGCGACAAAGUCGCCAGUGUCGCCCAAAGGCAAGUGAAGAAGGCAGGUGGCCUCGGUCGCAUGAAGUCCAUUCGUGAAGUUGCUCAGAAACGCAAUGACAUUGCAAGAGCUCCGUCGAUCGCCGUUCGUGCCCAACAAGCGAAUGUUAGUAGUGUUGUUCGACGGAAGAGCACCAAAAUGUUUGGAGCCAACAUCGUGCAAAUCAAACCUCAGGCUGGGAAUCGACUGUCGACCCUUGAUCCCAUACCACAAGAAGAAGUUCCUUCGGAUGACAUGCCAAAGCGACAGGCAACCUUCAAGAUUGUUCGUGGUCGGUUGAUUGGGAAGGGAACUUUCGGCCGCGUGUAUCUUGGAAUGAAUGCCACGACUGGAGAGUUCUUGGCCGUCAAACAGGUGGAAGUGAACCAAAAGGUGGCUGCUCACGACAAAGACCGAAUCAAAGAAAUGGUGGCUGCGCUGGAUGUCGAAAUCGAUACCAUGAAGGAUCUCGAGCACCCCAAUAUCGUGCAAUACCUUGGUUGCGAACGGAAAGAAUUCUCCAUCAGCAUCUAUCUUGAAUACAUCUCGGGUGGUUCCAUCGGCAGCUGUCUUCGCAAACAUGGCAAAUUCGAAGAGCCUGUUGUUCGAUCUCUGACAAGACAAACACUCGAAGGGUUGGCAUAUCUUCAUAACGAAGGCAUCUUGCAUCGUGAUCUCAAAGCAGACAACAUCCUUUUGGACUUGGACGGAAGCUGCAAGAUCUCCGAUUUUGGCAUCUCAAAGAAAUCUGAUGACAUCUAUGGCAACGAUGUCACCAACAGUAUGCAAGGUUCAGUGUUCUGGAUGGCCCCUGAAGUUGUCCGGUCCCAAGGACAAGGGUAUAGUGCCAAGGUCGACAUCUGGUCACUUGGCUGCGUGGUCCUGGAGAUGUUUGCGGGUAAAAGACCAUGGAGCCGCGAAGAAGCAAUUGGCGCCAUCUUCAAACUUGGAAGUCUUGGACAGGCCCCUCCUAUACCUGAAGAUGUGCAAUCGACAGCCACGAUGGACGGUUUAAACUUUAUGUAUGACUGUUUUCAAGUUAAUCCAUCUGACCGGCCUACGGCUGACGUCCUGCUUCGUCAUUCGACCUUUUGCAUCCCAGACCCCUAUUUCAAUUUCUACGACACUUCUCUGGCCGCAAAACUUGGAGAUAUGGAGGGUGUGGCGCUCGGCAAUUAACGCUCUUGAAGACGUUAUCAGAAUGAAGUCGAGAAGAAACUAUAUCAGCCACAUACGAUCACCCGGGAGAUUCUUUUGAUUUGAAGACAAUCUACAUAUAAUAUGCCUUGGCCAUCUACGAAAUCACGAAUGAGUACUUACAACGGUUGGGGAUAAUGUAUGAUCAAUACAAGAUUUGUUUGGGCCGACUUCAUUAUUAGUCUAGGCCUGUUGGGAUCAGAAUAUCAACAGGUGGGACAGGUAGGAAGUGAACAAGGAGUGAGCAAGGAAUUCCACCAACAUUCCUAUACUGCCUGUCAAUUUCCGGCAUUUACGCAUGCCAAUGGCUCAAUACAAUGUUCUCUAUCA